AUGGGAUAAACAUGUAAUGGCUGCUAAUGGUAGCACCAUACCCCAGAAUCCAUUUAGGAAAUCAACAUCAAAAAGAAACCAAAGAAAAAAGUCGAAAAGUAAGAUAAGUCAGAGAAAACUGAGAAAUCAGAUCAUUAACAAGAGCAAAAACAGGUUGAGAAGACAGACCAGAGUAUUAAAAAACAAAGAAAAAUCUCGUAAGGAGAUGCUGCAAUUAAAAUUCAAAGAAACUGGAAAAAGCAUAAAAAGCAGAAAGAAAAAAAGAAAGAAAAAGCUGGUGCCAAUAUGAAAUAGUAGUAUUUUAAAGAGGAAAUAGCAAAUGCACAACCCCCACCGGAUCCGAAUCGGGUAAAGAAUCCACCAUAUAAGUAUACAAUAAUAAAACAUAGGUUUUAAUCAGGAGCUAUCUAUGAUGGAGAAUGGAAAGAUAAAAAAAGAGAUGGAUUUGGAAUUUAACAAUGGCCUGAUGGUGCCAAAUAUGAAGGGUAAUGGGUUGAUAACAAAGCAUGUGGACACGGUAAGUUUUAUCACGCUGAUGGUGAUAUUUUCGAAGGAGAAUGGAAGGAUGAUAAAGCUAAUGGUUGGGGAGUGUAUAAACAUUCAAAUGGAGCUACGUACGAAGGUGAAUGGAAGGAUGAUUUGUAACAUGGAAGAGGAACGGAGACCUGGUAGGAUAAAUCAAAAUAUUGUGGAGAUUAUAUAGAUGGGAAGAAGCAUGGCAAAGGAAGGUAUGAUUGGGCUGAUGGCUCUUAUUAUGAUGGGGAAUGGAAGGACAAUAAAAUAAAUGGAUUUGGAACUUAUAAAUGGGCAGAUGGAAGGGGAUAUACGGGUGAAUGGUUGGACAACAAUAUGAAUGGAAAAGGAGUCUAUUAAUGGCAAGAUGGUAGGAAGUAUGAAGGAUCCUACCUUAAUGAUAAAAAACAUGGGUUUGGUAUAUAUUACUGGGCUGAUGGUAGAAGAUAUGAAGGAGGAUGGAAGAAUGGUAAAUAGCAUGGGAAUGCUAAAUAUUACCUUAAUGAUGGAACAAUCAAGGAUGGACUUUGGGAAGAUGGAAAAAGAAUCAAAUGGUUAGAUGAUGCUUGA